CCGCCCCAUAAGCCAGAAUGGCGCCCGCGGCUUCUCAGCCUGCAGGCCUUACCCUCCCUGGCACCAGUACGCUGGAUAUCCCACCAGCGGCGCAGAGCCAAUCAAUACAUGGCUCCACGAUCAAGGCAGUACUAAUUAAAACAGGCAUGUCGUCCCGAACGAUGCAUUUUGCCAAAGACCCCGUGGACUCGGCAGUGGGCCAGCGAGACACGCAGCUCCAGACUGCCCCGUCCACCUUGGCGUGAAACAAACAACGCCCAAACACAAUGCCGUCGUCGGACUCAUACGCCACGACGUCGUCAACACACACGGCUCGGCCCCUGCAACGAGCUACGCGCGCUGUCUCGGCGCCGUGGCAGGAGGCGAAGCCGCGCUCCGAAAGGGCAGACGCGAUCUGCUUCGUCGCAGGUCUUGGAUCCACGAAGUCACCUUUUCACGGGACAGGUGCGAAGGUGAUGGAGGUGAAAGCCAGUCACCUCCUCGAGGAGGCCUCUCUCGUACGACUUGGUAUUCCUACGAUCAUUCGCGUAGCGCUUCAGCACUCUAUGCUUGCGCUCUUGAAGAAAACAACUCUGCAGCGACCCUUGUCGCAGGAGUUGGGGCGCCAAGUGCAAACAACAAUGAUUUGUUACCCAACAUCACAGGAUGGUUGGGAAUAGUAGGGGGACGAGUUGUUCGCCCAUUUUUCAAUACCGCACUCAGGACCCCAUCUUUGAACCACUGAGCUGAGCUGCCCAGGCGUCGGGGCGGGCGGGUCCGCGGGCCGUUGCAUGGCGCUGCCGGCCGCGGGGAGUCUGCCGGCCGGGGGCUGCCAGCCAGGGCGGGGCUCGGCGGGGGCCCAACCAGGGGCGCCG